CUAAAUUUAAAAAAGAAUUUGACAGUUCGCAGCUGAAUGUUUGCCGUAAAAUUUUCUUCGGGAAUUUUGUGUCGUAAAAGAGUAAUUUUUAUAUUAAAAAAAUUAUAAAUGCAAUAUAAAUAGAUAAUUUCAGUCGGUUAUUAAUACACAUUCGUAAACACUUCAUAAAAUCACUACAAUAUGAUCCAGAUCUCUUCAUAUUAUUAUUGUUCAUACAUCUCAAAUUGAUAAGGUAAUGGAUCCAGUGCUGGACAGGGAAUGGUUAGGAUUUAAAAAUGAUGCAGUUGAGGAAAUUCCGACUCUCGGCAACAUUGCCCGUAGCUGGCAGUGGAGGGAACGUGGCAUCAAUCCGCCAAACUCACCUCCUAACAAAUCAGUACUCGAGAAUGUCGCUGAAGAUAUCUUAGUGCAGAAAACAUUGAAAAUUAGGUGUUGCGAUCUGCCAGGAUAUCCAAGAUCAACUUUCCUCAUGGUUUUUAGCCCAGAUGGCACAAAAGUAGCAUCUACACACGGAAAUCACAAUGUGUAUGUGUCCGAACUUGCCAGUGGUAAACACGUGAGGGUGUUGAGGGGGCAUCCACGCACACCAUGGUGCAUAGCAUUUCAUCCCUCCCACACACAGCUCAUUGGUUCAGGUUGCCUGGGAGGACAAGUCAGAGUUUGGGACAUUUCUAGUGGUGGUAGUGAAGUAUGGAAUGUCUCAAAGGAAACAGUGAUUGCAUCCAUAGCAUUCCACCCCCGUGAACAAUUGUUGGUGAUUGCAACUUAUAAUGAGCUCUAUUUUUGGGAUUGGAGCCAACCUGCACCAUUCACUAAAGUUUCAACCAACAAUAUAAAUGAAAAAGUCAGAUAUGUUGCUUUUGAUUCCUUGGGCUACAAACUUAUAACGGGGAUAUCAUUGCGACCUGUUCUUGGAGGGAUGAGUAAUAGUGUUCCACAGCAGAAUCCGCCUGCCAACCCUACAAACACAACAAGCAACACAAGGCGAGAGGAUUCUGACAGCCCCGGAAAUAAUAGAACUCAAGAAAAUUCACGAACUCCACAGGAUAUCAUAGUAAACUCUUACCAAAACUUGGUUCAAAGAUAUGACAGUCUAGUCAGAAAUUACCAGCGUCUAUUUAUGGUGCGACACAGACUAACGUCGACGCCGCCGCCCCCUAGCACGACCGACCGUGGCACUGACCCGAUGGAGACAGAUCCAGCGCCUGAAGCCAACAGCAACACGCGUGUGGCGCGCUCUUACACAUCCACUCCGCAAUUAGAUGAUGAAAAUCCUACAACUGGGACAUCUAGUAACAGAGAAGAACCUGAUAACAGAGAAGACGAUGGGAGUAGCAGCCGCUUGCUUAACCUUGACGCUUUGUCAUUUAACAGUGGCCUUACCAGAGAUCAGAAUUCAACACAUCAAGAAAAUUCUAUGUUUGGUUCAAUACCUUCUGCAUUCCAUCCUUUGAACCAAACUUUUGGGAGAUUUCGAACAGUCGACCAAAAUGAACGAGCAUCUAGACUUUUGCCUAAUCCAUUCUCUUCGACAAAUGGUACACCACGACCAACCAGAAUUUCAUUUGCGAGCCUUGUUACUCAACAGGCUCCCUCCAACGUCGCGAACUCUUCGCGCACCAGUAUAUUCCCAGCCUAUAGAUCAGAUUCCUCUUCACUUUUAGACUUAACCCCUCGCAGAUUCCGCUUUCCGGGACGACGAAUAUUUGUUUCCGUUCCAAACGAACACGCCUCAACUAGUUCUAGUACUGUACCGCCGCGGAAUUCUAGACAAAAUCCACCCCCCACUUCAACUACUAACGCGACUCAGACCACUUCUUCUACCACUUCUAGCACUUCUAGCACGUCUCAAUCACAAUCGUCUGCACCCGUAGACGCGCAAACUAUAAAUGAGAGCCUGGAUUUCAUACGAGAUAUUCUCAGAGACUCGGGAACGAGACUAUUGAAUUUAAUUACAAAUAUGUCUUUAUCGAGUCUUAGUGCAGAAGAGGAUAUUCCGGAUAGAGGUAACGAUACGUCUCCUGGAACAAGAGCGCAUUCUGAUGAUAAUGAAAGCGAAGAGCGGGCGAGAGCGGCAACGCAAGCUCGCAUUCGUAUGUUCAGAUCUAUGUCUAUGCGUCCCGGUAUUUUAUCAUCUAGUUCAGAAUCUGAUAGUGAUCAAUCACCAGAAGUCAAUAUUUUUAGGACGCGAAAUUCUACAUUUAGAGAGGAUGAUACUAGAGAUACUGAACGAUCAAGUGGCGCAGGACCAUCUAAUUCCACUGAACAAGGAACACAUCCCACGGAUAGGUUAGUUUUUGAACUGGGAGAAUUCCGGUUGCAUAACCCCAACCGCGAAACGGAGGGAACUAAUGUACAAGAAGGUAGUAGUCGUUUCCGCGUGCGAACUCGAAAUAAUGCCGCAGGAGAAGGACCUAGCACGUCUAGCUUUGACAACCUACAAGAUCCCGAAAGUUCGGAGCAAAAUAACACUAAUGACAAUAACUCUAGCAGGCCAUCGUCGAGAGAACAAUAUUUUUGGGGUAGCCCUGGACGGAUGCCACCAGAAGAGGCUUUUAGAAAAGUUCGCGGCGGUGUAAAUGCUAUGCAAAAGCAUACCAUGCAACUGACGAAUAUGUGGCUCCGUGGUAAUCGUCCUACAAUGCCUGAAUUGCGCAAUAUGUGGGAAAACUUGCGCAGGCGAAUUUCAAUGUUACACAGAGAUACAGGUCGCCAAGAUGUGCCUAGUCACUACACAAGAUCACUUUUGGAGAGAUGCAUGAUGUUAACAGAAGUGACAGACAAUAUUAGUCGAACAUCCAACAGGAAUUCUAGAACUUCAAAUACUAACCAAGGAGAAGGUACCAGAAAUUCUGAGACAACAAAUUCAGAAAACGUUGCAACUGAUGAGCCUGAACCGGGACCGUCCAGGGAAAGCACCAGUAGUAACAGAGCCGCAGCAGCGAGCAAAGCACCGCAAAACAGACCAUCCAGUUUUCGCUCAUCGCCUUCGCUACGAAGGCGAUUAUUACAGUCUAGCUAUAGGUGGAGACCCGAAGACGAACUGCGGCGUCGCUCUAGAAAUCCUGCUGCUACUCGAUUACCCCAGAGACAGGGUAGACCACGAAGAGAUUUUGCAAGAGCAAUGGAAAUAAGUGCAACACGACACGAAAUUCGCAUGCGAGCAAUGCAAGUAUUGUCCAUUAUGUUUAACAUGAUGAUGAUGUGUUUAGAAGAGCGAGGGUUAAGUCAACUAAUCAUACAUAUGUUGCGCUAUUUAAAAAAGGCUUUGGCACUGACUUGCUUAAUGUUAAUGACCAAUAGAAACAACGGUCGAGCUAGUAAUAAUACAUCACCCCAGCGCGUUGAUUCUUUGAAUGUGAUUCGCUUAGAAAACGUUGAUCACACAGGUCCUGUUAACGUAGAUGGACCAGACGAGCCUUCACAAAACAAUAACCCUGUUGAAGUGGAAGAACGUUUACAGAGUAGUGGUAGUAAACGCAUGAAACGAGAUAAUUCAACGAAUGCUCAGCCAAUACCUACAGAGCGUAAUGUACAAGAGACCUCAACUUCUUUACCUUCAGCUUCCACUCAAAAUAAUAGUACCCAAAGAUGGAGCAACCGUCUCGCUAUACAGAUUUCAGCAGCAAAUAGAAACUAUUCAAUGACUGCUAGAAACAGACGCGACUUUUACAUGGAAACCAGACGUCUCAAAGCAUUACAUAAAACAAAUCCUACAGCCCAUCCGUUAAUUAAAAAACGUGUACUUCCGCCUAUUUCCUCUCAUAGGAUUCCUGCCUUACGUUUACCACCUAACAGAGGUAACAAACGCCCUGUAAAGGCUGCUAAAACUGAAUCUCAAAGUACACAACCUGUCGCCGGUCCUUCUGGUACGUCAUCCAGCGAGACCAGACGCUCCAGACUACCUCCUGAAAUGAUGAACGAGUUUGAGCACAGAAUAAAUUUAAUAAGAUUGGCUCACGUACAAGCCGUGAGAUUACGUAACGCGGCGCGGAGCAGGUACAGACGACUGCAGACUAUCAGAUUAUACACGCCGUCAUCGGUUCGGGAGAUGUUUAACUUGCCAGCGCCUAAUGAAAACUCUCCUGGUCCUGGUCGCCGUUCACCAUUACAAGACCCCGAUUCGCCGAAUCGUCGCUCUUUCACUUCGUUCGACUACAGACCGCUAUUACUGACGCGGGAGCGAAUUUUAUCGAGAGGCGCCACGAGCAGGCCGACGGAGGAGUCGCGACUAGAACAUAUCCAGGCGGCCAUCGAAGACGCAGCGGCUGCGGCAGUUCCUUUGUUGCAAGUGGGCGAUCUCAGUAUUAGCAAUUCCGAGCCGCAAGGGAAUACGUCGAGACUGCCGAGAAUUCAUGAAUAUUUACAACCGAUUAUACUAGCCCAAAACGCUAUGGUGACGGACGACGAAGGAAACGGCGAGGGCGCCAAUAACAAUUAUGUGGCGGGGCCCAUGCCGGGGGCCUAUUCCGGAGGGCUGGGCGGCAUGCGGCGCAUGGCCGGCGUGGGCAGCAUGGGCAUGGGCAUGGGCAUGGGCGGCAUUUCGGGGCUGCUGGACGCCAGCAUCCUCUCCGACGCGCUGCCGGCGCCGUCGCACCGCGUGCAGGCCUGGGACUUCACCACUGGCAACACCCCAGACAUUGCUGAUAGUACGAAAAAUGUGGUAGUACAACGGUGCAGAAUACACAAUGACGCUAGCAUCGAUAUAUCAAAGGACGGUCGGCUCCUAGUGGCGCUACAUCCAGUACCUCGACUGAGGAAUACUAAUCACUGGUUAGGCGUUUACUCGUUGGAGUGGUCGCGACUGGGCCAGUGCCUGCACACGGCGGCGCUGGAGCAGAGCGCGGUGUCGGUGGCGCUAUCGCCCACCGCGCGCCACCUGGCCGUCGGGUUGGGCUCGCGGCGCUUCACGCUCGCGCCGCACGGACGGAGCAGCGUGUUCGCGCUGCUCUACCGCCUGGACCCGUUGGAGAGCACAAGCCGGACAGGCCUAUCGCCAAUCAAGGAGUUGGAGCAAACUUGGGAGAACGGCUUCACAAGCCUGAACUGUCUGCGAUGGGCGCCGCAGCCCGGACAAGGACUCGUCUACGCGAACAACACUGGACAACUCAUCAUAAUGAGCUAAAAAGAUGGAGCCAAGAUUACAUGAUAGAAAGUAAGUUCUCUUGUACCAAAGGUAUAAUUUCUUAAUGGAGUAUACAAAACUGACAUAGGUGGCAAACUGUUUUGGUACAAAAAUAGUUGGGACUUAGCAGAAGUGGCAAACUGUUUUGUGUGUACAAAUCAGUUUGAAUAUUGUAGAGUUGGCAAACUGUUUUCAUUGUACAAAAACAAUUUCAAUACAGCACAGGUAGAAACUGAAAGAAACUGAUUGUACAAAAACAGUUUCGACAUAGCAGAGGUGACAAACUAUUUGGAUUGUACAGAAUUCGCUAAGAAAUUACAGAGGCGACAAACUGUUUUGAAUGUACAAAAACAGUUUGGAAAUAGCAGAGGUGGCAAACUGUUUAAUUGUACAGAAACAAUUCAGACACAGUUACUUAGAAUACUGUUUAAUAAAAAGAUUUUUCUUUCUCAUAUCGUAUACGUAUCUUUAGAUUGAGCACUAAAUCUUUGUAGGUUGUAAGGAAAAAGGCCGGAAACAAAAUUAUUUGGGGUUGAAUUUUUUUUAUAGAGUAUAAUAUAUUUGCCAUUACUUUUUAAUAUGACCAAAAUAUCCAUUUUCCUUAAACUAGUCAGAAAAUACUGUGUUGGGAGUGAGUAUGAAAAUAGUCCAGGAGAAGCACAACCUCCUGGCUCCUUGUAAUGAGUCCAGACCCUGAGUUUUCUUUUUUAUUAUUAUUCAUUACAAGUUAGCCCUUGGCUACAAUCUCAUCUGAUGGUAAGUGAUGAUGCAAUCUUAGACGGAAGCGGACUAACUUGUUAGGAGGAGGAUGAAAAUCCAUUCCCCUUUCGGUUUCUAAACGGCAACGUACCGGUCACCGGAACGCUAAACGCUGCGCCACGGAGGCCGUCAAAUUCUUAAAAAAAUAAGUUAUUGAAGCUUAAAUAAAUUAAAUGCCAUAAUCAAAAAAAAUUAAAGUGAUAAAAAUGCGUGAAUUUGAAUCUGUAAUCUUUUCUUAACGUAGCUGGGAAUUGACUGAUAUUGGUAUUUAUUGUACUCGUUCAUUCCCAUUUAUGAGGAAAAUACAAACAACAUUUGUGUGUAAACAAGUGUAAACUUUAUUUGCUAGUAGUGUAAAAAUUAAAGUUGUUGACUUACAAAAAUUAUAAAAUUAUGUUCUCUGUUCCGGUCUUUUUCCUUUUCCUUUGGUUAAAAUGGAAUUCCUAUGUAGUAAGCAGGAAAGUUUUGUACAUUUAAAAUUACAUGAAAUCAUAUUUAUCAAAUUCUAAGUAAUAUAUCUUAUUAGGUACGACUUAGGAGUAAAUAUGAUCAUUUGGUUGUUCACAAAACUAAAGAUUUAUCCAAAACAUAUAAUCCAGAAAUUCUUCAGAAUUUCAAAAAUAUUAUAAAAAGGAGAGCGCUUAUCUAUUGACAUUUAGUUUUAUGUCCAACCAGAUUUACACCUAAGUGGCACUAAAUUUUAUAUUUAACACUAAAAGAUUUCAUUGUUAACCAAUUGGUUAAUAUUAAUAACUAAGGUUAGACUAAGAGAGUUUCGUAUAUAAUAUGGAUGUAUUAACAAAAGUUAUGCAUUAUGCCUGUUGUAAAAUUAAUUCUCAUGGCCAUUGUAUAGUUUUUUUGAAAUUAGCAUUAGUAGUGUUCUUAUUAUAAUUGAUCUCCUUUUAUCGUGCGGUUUUUAAUAUAUAAGCUUUGUAAUGUAUGCGGCGUACCUGUUCCCAAGUUUGAAAACAUGCUCUUGAUCUAAGAUCCGGCAUAAGGAAUAUAUACCCUCAUUUGUUAUUCAUUAGUGAUAAGAAACAAAUCAUAGAUAAUGUUCACAGUGACACAUUUUCAAAUAUGUUGCCUAGUUAAAUUGCACCCAAACACAUUUUUCAUACAAAAUCUAAGAAACCAUUAAUUUAAUCAAAGCAAAUACGGUAAAAUUAAGCAUAAAAUAAGCUUUCAUUUGACAUAUUAGACGACUAGAUAACUGAUGGGUAUAUAUGAAUAACAUUAUUUCACUGUUUAUACUGGCAACCCCACAAUUGCUGUGUGAAAGCAGGCAACCUUUACUUUUUCCAAUUAUUUUGAGAAUAUUCUAUUAACCACGAUCUUUUCAAUUGACCAAGACCAAGGGAAGGAGAUUAAGUAUAUUUAAAAAAAAAUAAUCAUUCAAUAUUAUCCGGCCGCAAUAGAGAUGAAAGUUUUUUAAUUUGGCUGUAUGGGUGUAACAAAAACAAACAAGUUUGGAUAGUGCUGUGUUGCAAGAACCAACUGAUAACUAAGGGCUUCGUAUGGGUUCGAAACUAGUCGGGCAUACUCCGACCUUAUAUCACGUGAGUUAUAGCCGUGUUUCAUAUUCAAUCCUAGUCAUCAUCCCCAUUCAACUAGGAAAACUGCAAUGUUUCAAUGUGAAUAUUUUCUUUCAUUUAUUUCUAAUCCCAAUGAAAUAACAGAUGAGGGUAUAUAUUUCUUAUGCCGUAUGCAUGUUAAGCCGCCCCAGUUAAUAUAUCAUUAAUUAAACAUCUGAUACAUUUUAACUGACACGGUUUUAGUAGCCCUGGGAAUAGUUAUUCAUGCCCAAUAUUAUUUACAACUGCUGGUAAUUAAACUGUAAAAAAAAUUUUACCUUCAUUCAAUUUUGGACUUUAAUCCUUUAUAAUUACACUGCCGAAUUAUUGUUGUAUUCACAAAACAUCCACACAUAUUUCAAAUUGAUCUCAAACAAAAGCUAGAUUCAUACUUGAAUACAGGUAGAUUUAAAAAAAACUGUUACACUACUACAAAUGGUAGAAAAGGAAUGAAAUUGGUUAAAAUCUGCUUCUCCUAUUGAUGAAGUCGUAUUUCGGUAUAGCCCAGGUGACAGGCUACAUUUAAUAGCCUGUCACCUGGGCUAUACCGAAAUAAUUGACACCUUAUUCAUCAAUAUAACAUAAAAUUAAAAAUUUUAAAAGUUCCUGUGUCAUGAAAUUAUUAGUUACACUCUCGAUCAACCCAUUCGAGUAUAUUUGUAGACAUUCAGUAACUUAAAAAAUGAAAGACUUUCAUACAAACUUUCAAACUUUCACAUACUCCUGAUAUUAUUUUCAGGACAAUAAGUAUCCUACAAGUAUAACCGUCUCUGUGUUAUGGUCAAAAAGGUCAGUGAAUUCGAAUGAAAUGGUUUCAUUCGAAUUCAUUCAGUAAUUUCAGCGUGAAGCCAGGUCAACAAAAAUACGGACAGACAGUGAACAAAAAGUAAAAAAUAUAUAUAUAUAUUUUUGGUGUCAGUAUCGAUUACUUAAUGCCCUCAAACUAAAAUAAGUGUAGAUAAAUUACAUACAUACUAAACUACAGAAAAUAUAUCAGAGAUUUAACAAGCGGGAGGGGGCAGUAUGUUUCGUCACGACUAGCAGCAGUCGAAGGGCGCGUGGUGUGCCAUAAUGAUAUCCCGUAGUGUAAACUAAACAUAUGAUUAGUUUCAUCAUCAUCAUAUCAGCUGAUGGAAAUCUACAAGCCUUUUGUAGGGACUUCCAAACAUCACGAUUCUGAGCCGCCUGCGUCCAGCGAGCCCUGCGACUCGCUUGAUGUUGUCAGUCCACCUGGUGGGGGUCGACCAACAUUGCGCUUCUAGUGCGGGGUCGCCAUUCCAGCACCUUGGGACCCCAUGGGAGUCCAUCGGCUUUUCUAAUUCUCGUUGAGCUGUGUCUAAGGUGACUUUGGUUCUUCUACGAAUCUACUCAGUUCUGAUUCGAUCACGCAGAGAUAGUCCUAGCAUAAAUCGUUCCAUCGCCCGCUGUUUGACUCUGAUUCGUUUAUACUGAAGGACAUCAUUAUGGCUAGUAUAAACUAAUCAUAUGAUUAGUUUAUACCUACUACUACGUGGUGGUAUGGUAUCUACAUUCGCACCCGUGCGAAACUGGGGCGGAUCGCUAGUAUAUAAUAAUAUUCUGAAUAGAUACUAGAUAGUGUACAAUUUUAAAAUAAAAAAAAUACUUACAUCAAUUAUGGAUCUACUUUUGUCGUACAUUUUAUUAAUACAUUUUUACACAAAUUUAAUGUUCCUUCUCCUAAGUGUUUAAGAAAUUUUCAACCGGCGAAUAAACUAGUGACCACGUUCCGGACUUUUAAUGAAAAAAAUGUAAUUUAAGGUUAAAAUUAUAAUUAAUAAUAAUUAGGCUAAGAUUAAUCUAUAACAUCGUUCCGCCAAUACGCCCUUCUUUGUCUUUUGUUUGUAUUUAUGUGAUAUAAGUUUUCUAAAUUAUUACUUAUUUAUUUAUUAUUUCAUAAAUUUCGAAUGAUCAUACAGUAUUUGUCUAUGAUCAUUAUUAUGUCUGCUAUUUUUGAGUACAAUUUUAUGUGAGCUACGUUAUUCAGACAGUUGACGAAUGUUGUAAUUAAGUUUUGUCAAAAUGCAGUAAAUUUUGACUAUACUUGAUUUAUUAAAACUUUAGUCAUAAAUAUCUCUGUUAAAACACAUAUUUUUCAAGCUUUUCGAUUUGUAUUGUAUGUUUAAGAUACAUAGUAAUUUAAAUAGAUGUCUUUCAAAAUUUCACAUCUUCAUCAUCAUUAGAUCACUAAGUUUUUAUCAGUGCGUAAAUAAAGCUUCACCUAUAUUUUUGAGGUAUUAAUAAUUCCAGAUGUAGGUAUAAAAUCAUCGAUCUCCUAUUAAAAAGUGGAUGCACAAUCAACGACCAAAAAACGUCCCCACUCAAUGAGUGCCAAACACAACUUCUUGGCACUCAAUUCAAGUAGUCGCAUUUGCAAAUUCAACCUUAAAAUCUAUCCUUAAGGUUGAAUUUGCUCUGAAUUUGGGAUUUUAUUGAAUAUAUUGGACUAUAUUUAAAGGUCUUUAGGUAUAAUUUUCUUUACCAAUAAUUCUAAAACUGUUAAAGCUUAAUUGGCCAGUUAUUAAGUGAAAUUUUCAAAAAACAAUUCCAUAAGUUGCUUUAAAAACGCCAUAAACGAACGUGACUACGCGAAGAUUACUGACAAUGUGUCAGUGUCAGGGUGUGAAUUUCGGGCAUGUUGCCAUGAUAAAAGUUCUUAAUUAAUGUUGUCAGCUAAAGAAAAAAAUUACAUUUUAAAUAAUUAAUUUAAAAAAAGGGUUCCAAAAUUUUUUUAUUUUAGGUUUCAAGCCCCUUAUAUUUUAUGUUCUUUUAAGAUAAAAAUAAUUUAUUCUGCUUACUUGGCCCAAACUCUAAACAAAAUUGGGACAUAUCCUUUGGACGCUAGGUGUUCAAGAGAAGAUUUUACUUUAAAGAAACAGAAUUGCAAUUUAAGUUUGCAAUUAAGUACCUACAUAUAAUAAUUCUUAUUUUACCAGCUGGGUUACAACUCAUGUUUCGUUCCUAGAAACAGCCUAUUUCCAGUAAUGGAUCAAAAUUUUAAUGAAAAAUUAUAAUCAAUACUUACCUGAUCGAAAUACGUUUAAUGCCGAUGAGAUUUUCCGAUCUUUUGUAAAACUUGAUUGGCACAAUAACGUGUCUUUAUUUGAGAAUUUGUUCUUCCAUUAAUUAUUUUUGUGAACUUAUUAUGUUGUGUUUCUUUAUUUCUGUCUCUGUUAUCUUAAGGUUUCGAUUUUCCAAAGAAAUAAGAAAAUCAUUGAAAUGGUUUUAUAUAUUAGUAAUAAAAUGAUAAUUGAAACUUUAAGAUGCUGGUGUGACAUACUUUAGACAGAAUAAGUAUACUUAUACUUGGUGUUACUAUACUGCCUAUUUGAUAGUUUCAAGAUGUUAUAUAUGUACGUAGUUAUAAAAAAAAUCAUUUGAAAUAUGUACUAGGUUAUGCGCCUGUUUGUGAUAAAGUAUAUAUCCACAAUUCUCUGUAUGAAUGGUACAAGAAUAAACAAAUUUCUUCAGCCACCAAUUUUUUUGUAUUUUAAAUUUUGCUACACCAAACUAUGCUAUGGACAUAAAAUGUAAUUUAUACUGAUGCAGUACUUUAAAAAUUUAUGAUAUCUUGAGACACUUUAAUAAGCAUUAAUAAAUUCUAAAAGGAAAAGAUCAAUACAUACAAAAGAAAGAAAUGAGCAUGCUUAACGGUUUUUUUGCAACAGUUUAAAUUAUCUGAUUCUACUGAGUAAGAGGUAUCAGAUGUCAAGAAAUCGAUAAAAAAAAAUUUCAUAGAUUUCAAAUAUCCUGACUUCAAUUAUAAAAUAAGCUUUUUUCCUUGAAAACUAAUAAUUCAAAAAUAUUGUUUAGUAAAAUAUCCAUAAAAUAUUUAUGUAUGACCAUACUUCCUACAUGUUUUUCUUUCAAAUUAAUAUGAAAUGCCUACUUUACUUGAAAUUCCUCGAUAAUUAAUUAUUUUUAUUAUCUACAAGGAAUUAGAAAAGCAAAAUUAAAUCUGUAUAUUAACAGAUGUAGAUAAGUUACAUUUAUGACUGAACAUUUAUGUUCCCGUAUACUAACGGAUACGGAUAAAACUGCAGAUAAGCUUGCUUUUCAGAGUAGCACAAUGUAAGUAUUUUCAGUCAACCACGUUAUCAGAGAUCAAUUUAUUUUGACCUAGACACAGAUGAAAGAAUAAUGGGCAGAUAGAGCGCACGGAACACGUCAGUGAUGCAGCCAUUCCAAAUACAAAUUCAAACACUAAUACAUUCUCGAGUCAGUACGAUACAAAGCGUCGCAUCAGUAAUUUUCAAUAUUAUUCAAGAAAAAUGGCGUCUUCAUGUUUUUAAAUAUUUUAAAAACUAUUCAAAAAGAUGGAGUAUUUUUGUAGGUACUCCUUGAUUAUUAUUAGUCUAUUGUGGUAUUUAUUUAUGUAAUAGGCUAGUUGACACUUUUUUAAUAGUCUUAAAUAUUUUAUUAUCGUUCGUAUUAAAUUUUUAUUUUCAUAUAUUUUGAGAUGUGAUAACAUGAAAAUUUUAGUUUUUAAAUAUGUUUUUGACAAUAGGAGCCAAAACGCAGGCCAUGACAGUCUAUAUUUCAACUGUUUCAAGACGUCACUAUCUACAUCAAGUAACUUUGUGUCGUCACAAAAUGUACGACAGCGUUUUUGACGUUUAGAAAAUUUGAAAAAUCGAUAUUAAUUAAUAAAACUCCUUAACUUUUAUUAAUCAAUAUCGAUAUAUUUCGGACCCUUAUACCCUGUAUUAUGCGAAAUUAAUAUUGUUCAUAUUAAAUUUGAUAUGAGUCAUCUACCCUAUUUUUGUAAGUGAAAUACAAAUUAUGAAAAAGUUUGUAUAGGGUAGAUAGCAACAUUAUGCGGAUGUCAAGGAGUCGCACGCGUGACGUUUGUUUUUUAUGGGUUUCACCCGGCUCCACUGCGCUGCUUGUUAAGACUCAUUCUGUAUCAUUCUCUAUUCUGUGGGCCUAGAUUAAAAUUGCUCUAAUAAUGUGAAUAGCGCUCAUAUUAAGUUUAUUUGAAGUAUUUAUAAGCA